AAGGCAGACUGAUGAUCCAGCUGCUGUGCGCUCAUAUGGAUACAAGUAACGUUUGCUAUUGAAAGUGGGCACGCUACAGUGUUUCGGUGACACUGGGGGACUUCAAAGAGCGGUAAAACUUCUUCCACGGCCGCACUCAUGUAAUCCCCCCCCCACCCCUUGUUGGAGCCAUGUCCAAGAGCCUGAAGAAGAGGAAGAACCACUGGACUAACAAAGUCCAUGAGAGUGUCCUUUGCAGGAAUGAGGAGGGGGAGCUGGGGCUGGAGUUGAAGGGCGGCGCAGAGAAUGGACAGUUCCCGGUUAUCGGCGAGCUUCUCCCGGGCAGAGCGCUCUGCCACAGCGGCAAACUCUUCCAGGAUGAACUCCUGCUGGAAGUCAAUGACACCCCUGUGGCUGGACUCACCACCAGGGACGUCCAUGCUGUGGUCAAACACAGCAAAGACCCCGUCCGACUCAAGUGUGUCAAACAAGGGGGCGUGAUAGACAAGGACCUGCGCCACUACCUCAACCUGCGCUUCCAGAAGGGCUCGGUGGACCACGAGCUGCAGCAGAUCAUCCGGGACAACCUCUACCUCCGCACCGUCCCCU